AUGGCCGCUCCAAAGUACUCUAUUGCCUCUGUUUCGGAACCGGACCUCCCCUUUUUGGCCAAUUUCAUCCAUGCCGCUAAGCUAUCUUUGAGCAUCAACCGUCUCAUCUUUAAAGACUGGCCAAAUGAGGCGCUCCAAAAGCAGAUGUACAGUGAAGCUGUUCAGGAUGGAUACUCCAACCCUUCGAUGGAAUGUUUUAAAGCAGUCGAUGUCGACUCUAAUGAAAUCGUCGGCUACUUUGUCCUUGCACGGAAGCGACCAGUCAAAGAGAGUCUAAUCGACAGCGGAAGCGAAGGUGAAGCCAUUCCAGAUGGCUUCAAUCUUGGUCUCUUUAGAGAGAUGACGGACGCGACCAUCCAAAUUGCCAAGCAGACGGACGCAAUCGAUCGCUUUGAAAUCGUCUACAUGUGUGUGAAGCCAUCCUACCAGUGUAAAGGAAUUGGUUCCAAGCUGGUUCAGCUCGGCUUCGAUCGUGCCCGUGCUGAAGGUAUCCCAUUUGCUGUCUGUGCCGAAGCACCAGCACAUGAAUUUUUCAUCAAGCUGGGAUUCAAAGACACAACACACUACGAUAUCGAUCUCCGGAAGUAUGCUCCAGCUUACAGUGGCUUCGGUAUUUUCCGACUGAGUGGGAUGAUGUGGCGCCCUUGA